AUGGCCUCCUCGGACACGAAGCCCGCGCAGGACAAGGCUACGGCCGAUGCCAAGGCUGAAGAGACGCAGCAGCAGGCGGCGACCAAGAAGCCCGCGCUGGGCGAGGACGACGAGUUCGAGGACUUCCCCGUCGACGACUGGGCCCAGGAAGACACCGAGGCGGCGGCUGGCGGCAGCGGCACGACGCAGCACCUCUGGGAGGAGAGCUGGGACGACGAUGACACGAGCGAUGACUUUUCCGCGCAAUUGAAGGAGGAGCUGAAGAAGGUUGACGCCAACAAGAGACGCUGA